AUGACGAUCGGCCAUCCCCAGAACCCUUACCAAAAAUGGUUUAGUGGACAUCACCGUGCCGAGGAUUCGAAACAUUGGCUUCGUUUCGAGACUCUGCGCCCCCUGUCUGCUCUCCGACAAGACGACAGCUCACCACACUGCCUCGUCACCCCCAUUAUCGUCACGCUGCAACUUCCUCUCGUCGAUCAUGGUCCUCGUCGCAGCGAUAGCUCCAUCUCGUCAAUUCUCUCGCCAGUGUUGAGCGUGUGCGCCUGA